AAGUCUCCGCCCUAGUGCUAGUCUGGGGCCGUCGGCUUCCUCUGAAGCGCUUGGCUGUCCAUAAGCUGCUAAAUGUUUCUUAUAUUUUUCCAUAUUUUGUGCAGAUAAUAGGAAAAUUUACAUUGCUCAAGGAUAGGGGAAUAAUUGUGGAUUGGAAAAACCGAGCAACACGCCUCUGUCGGAGUUACAUCGACGCUGUGGCACAUUUGUUCAGUGCAUUAGCUCCAGAAGCUAACGUUAGCUGGCUGAUCAGUGGAGGCAGCGGUGCUCCGGCGGCCCGAGUAAGACGAGACUCUCAUUCACCCCCCGACGCAUCCUGUGACACGAAUGUGCUCGAGCUGGCCAUUAUAACAUCAAUGCUGAUUUAACAGUGUUCCACAUGGAUGGCAAGAGUGUGAGCAUCUAGUCAACACUUGAUCUCAUGUGCCUACUGUGUGGCGUCUUCCAGAGAAUUGUAAUUCUUUCCAGUGGUGGGCAAAUGGGUGGAAAAAUACUGCAGGGCUUAAAAGAGCUUCCGUGAGAAAGUUUAGCUGACAAGGUCAUGUUUAAUCCCGCUCCACUCUCGCCCUGACCCCUUGGUUCAACCAGGAUCCAAAAUGAGCAUAAGCAGUGAUGAGGUCAAUUUCCUGGUGUACAGAUACCUGCAGGAGUCGGGAUUUUCCCAUUCAGCAUUCACCUUUGGCAUAGAGAGCCACAUAAGCCAGUCCAACAUCAACGGAGCUCUGGUGCCCCCUGCUGCCCUCAUCUCCAUCAUCCAGAAGGGCCUGCAGUAUGUGGAGGCAGAAGUCAGCAUCAAUGAGGACGGUACCCUGUUUGACGGGCGGCCGAUCGAGUCUCUGUCCUUGAUUGAUGCUGUGAUGCCAGAUGUGGUGCAGACGCGGCAGCAGGUGUAUAAAGAUAAGCUGGCUCAGCAGCAAGCUGCCGCCGCCUCCAGUGCAUCAUCGGCUGCAGCUGCCAAGAACGGAGAGAACACGGCUAAUGGAGAGGAGAACGGCGCACACACGCUGUCCAACCACCAUUCAGACAUGAUGGAGGUGGACAGGGUGGUGGAGAUCCCAGCCAGUAAAGCCAUGGUGCUACGGGGCCAUGAAUCUGAGGUCUUCAUCUGUGCUUGGAACCCUGUCAGUGACCUGCUGGCCUCUGGUUCCGGGGACUCGACUGCACGGAUCUGGAACUUGAGCGAGAGCAGCGCUGGAGGAUCCACUCAACUGGUUCUGCGUCACUGUAUCAGGGAGGGGGGGCAGGAUGUGCCCAGUAACAAAGAUGUCACCUCACUGGACUGGAAUAGUGAAGGUACACUUCUAGCCACAGGGUCCUAUGAUGGCUUUGCCCGAAUAUGGACUAAAGAUGGUAAUCUUGCCAGUACACUGGGGCAGCACAAGGGUCCUAUAUUUGCUUUAAAGUGGAACAAGAAAGGAAACUUUAUCCUCAGUGCUGGGGUUGAUAAGACCACCAUCAUUUGGGACGCACACACAGGAGAAGCCAAACAGCAAUUUCCAUUCCAUUCAGCACCAGCUUUGGAUGUGGACUGGCAAAGCAACAACACAUUUGCCUCCUGCAGCACAGACAUGUGCAUUCACGUGUGUAAACUGGGCCAAGACCGACCAGUCAAGACAUUCCAGGGCCACACAAAUGAAGUCAAUGCAAUCAAAUGGGAUCCAACGGGAAAUCUCCUAGCGUCCUGUUCUGAUGACAUGACGCUGAAGCUUUGGAGCAUGAAACAGGACACUUGUGUUCAUGACCUCCAAGCCCACAAUAAGGAGAUCUACACCAUUAAAUGGAGCCCUACUGGACCUGGAACCAACAAUCCCAAUGCCAACCUCAUGCUGGCCAGUGCAUCGUUCGAUUCGACGGUGCGUCUGUGGGACGCAGAGCGUGGUGCCUGCAUCCACACGCUAACCAAACACCAGGAGCCCGUCUACAGCGUGGCCUUCAGCCCGGAUGGACGUCACCUGGCAAGCGGUUCUUUUGACAAGUGUGUCCAUAUCUGGAACACGCAGAGUGGUGCUUUAGUCAACAGCUACAGAGGGACAGGGGGCAUUUUUGAAGUAUGCUGGAACUCCACUGGGGACAAAGUGGGCGCAAGUGCAUCAGAUGGCUCGGUUUGUGUAUUAGACCUAAGGAAAUGAUAAUGCUGCCGUUUGGGAAGCCAUGGACCGACUACGAAUGUGUGCAUAGCAAAAUUUACCGACUGUCCCUGGCCCAUCAACCACUGCUGUAGUCCGCGUGCGAGAUCCCAGACCACAGCUUGGACCAACAGUCUCUCAGCCCCACCAUAACACACAGCCUCUGAAAGUGGACCCAUGACGCUUACAACACACACCAAAUCAGUGUGAUCAAUGGACUGUUAUAUACAGACACGAAAAAUAAACCCCAUAUACACACACACAGCAUCAUUCCAGACCCUGAGGGCUGAGGUCCACGCUACUGCCGUGUGCAUAUUGUACACGUUUAGCGCUCCAUGGAUGGUUUUUAUAUUUCGUUAGGUGUCAUUUGCAUGAGCUAGAGAGAAGAGCUGUUCAAUAUGGCGAGUAAUGAUAUUGACAAUUCAGAGUAUUGGCACUGUAUGUUUGUUUAGUGGCUCUGAGACUUUUGGAAUUGUUCUUUAAAAGAAAAAAAGGAAAAAAAAACCAACGCUCAAGGAUUUUGUUUUUUGCCAAAUUUUCAUAGAUAAUUUGAUUAUCUUUUUUUUAAAUACAGAGUAAUAACAAAGUACAGAAAGCCUAUUAAAUUACUUAGAUAUAUUUUCUAAAAACGAAUGCCCUGUGUUAUUUGUACAACCUAUGCAACUUUAUGGUAAGACAAAACUGAACUUUCAGUGCAUGAAUGGGUGAAACUCAUUCAUUGGGUAUUUAAGUGUCUACGGGCUCCGUAGGUGAAGCCUGUGCAUUCGAAACGGUGAUAGGCCCACCCUAAAAAUGUAACGGCACAGUUACAGAACGAUUACUAGUUAUGGUUGGGUUUUUUAAUUCCUUUUAGGUGGGUUAGGGUGGGUAUCCUCCUACCAUCCUCACGCUCGGCUCGUUUAAUUUAACAAGGCCUCGUAGAACACGCUACAGCUUUCUCCUGGUUUAAUGUUCUUUCUUUAAUGCUUCAUCUGUCAUGUUUUGCUUUUCCAUAGAGGUCUGAGCUCUAAAUGAUCAUUAAGUACUGCAGUGAAUUGGUAUAUGUGUGACUGUAACAGCAUUGGUCUUUAUGGCUUCAUGUGAGGUAAGAAACUAAUGCAGCAUAUAAGAGUGACCGAGAAUCGUGGGACCGUUCAGUUUUCAUUUAGUCUCAUGGCAUGGAAACGGACAACCGGUUUGAUAGUCCAAUGUCAGGUCAUGGUGGUGCUGCUUUUGCUUGUGUAUUUUUUCUCUAUUUUGUGUUAUGUUUUGUCUUUUUGAAAAUGAUUGCUCAGUAAAGGUGAAGGUAUGGAUGUACCUAGAGACUGACAUGGAGAAACAUUUGAACUGAUUUGUUUUUAUUUUUAUUUUACAUGCUACUGUUAUAAAAGGAUGGAUUUUAAAGUAAAAUCAGUUAAUGUUUUGGAUUUAUCUCAAGCCUGUUUUUUUUUAGGGUGUUCGGCUUUCACGCGUCUUUAUAAAAUACCAUUAGACGGUCAUAGUGCCGAAAAGCUAAUUUUACCCAGCACGCUUGUGUUACCAUUUUAGCACUUAAAACACUUGUAUCUUUUGGGCUGAAAUCUUAAAAAUAACUUUAAAUGUUCACCAGUUUUCCCGAAAAUCUCUUUCCAAGGAUAACCCCUCUCAAAUGUAAUUUUUCCUUAAAAUAACAAUAAUUUUCAACAAGCAGACAGUGGAAUGGUAUUUUAUAAUGGGUUGAUUCAAAUAUAUACAUUUAGCAUUGUGUGUGCAAGCAUUUGCAUCUUUUGGUUCAAAUGCCUAGCACUUCCUCCACAGCCCUUUUUGUACUUUUUUAACUUUUGAGCUCUAAGCAACAGCACGUACAUGGGCAUAUCAAACACAUCUGGGACCAUGUAAGUACUCGUUUAGUGAUUGUCUCACUUGGUUAAACUUUAACUUAGUCUCGGUUCACUUUUUGUUUUGUUCCCUUGUUUUUGGUUACUCUCUAGCAGAAAUUACUUACUGCAAUGUUGAUUUGACUAUUGUGAUUUGAGUCAAAUCGAAGUCCAGAAUAAAAUAUAUUUUGGUAAUA